CGAGGCUGCCCUGCAACGGCCUCGCCCUGCCCCCAGGCCGGCCUCUCCCCAGUCCCUGCGGCAGAGAGAUCCGCCACCCCCCACAGCCUCUCCAGCAGAGUGGGAGCCCAGGGCUGGGCAAGCCCCCGCCUUGUCCGCAGGUGCCCACAUCUCGGGUUGGCAGUGGUAGGCAGAUGGCAUGUUUAUCUUUGGAGGCCCCAUUCAGCCGUUUUCUCGGCAAAGCUUUUUGGACCUCCUGUGGAAGAUGAGCCUCCGAGGGUUUCACAACCCCGAUUGUGUCCACUCAGCUGUGUGACCUUGGGGGAGUUGCUCACCCUCUCUGAACCCCCGUUUCUUCCCUCUGUGAAAUGGCUGUUCCCACACCUUGUAUUGGGAGGGCGGAGUGACAUGUUGCUAAGCUCAGCGCAGGAGCCUCACUGGGGAAGAACUAAACACAGGAGCACUGUUUUUAGCCAGUACCUGUGUUAGGGGCGUCUCAGCGCACCCCUACUCCCAACCCUGGAGCAAAGCCCUGUCUCUGGGCCCCCAGCACCUAGCCUAGACCAGGAGCAGCCCAUGGGGCUCCCUGAAUGUUUGAGAAAUGAACUAACAAGGCUUUAAGACAGAGUCUAAACUCGAGUUUGGAGGAUGGGACUCAAAGGUCUUUGAACUCCUUGAAAUUGUUCACAACUUUCGGUGAGCCUGGGUCUUUUCCCCGGGAGAGCACCGGGGGUUUUCAGUGGCUUCUUAAGGUGUCUGUGAGCCACCAUGGGUUAAGAGCCAGGAAGCUUUGGGGACAGCUGUUCCCCAGAGAGGAAAAGAGCAGGGCCUCUGCCGCCAAACACACCCAGGCUUCAGCUCUCGCACCCUCCAUGAAACCUCUCCUGGUGGUGGCGCCCCUUCCUGCCUCCCUGGCCCACUGACAGGCUCUCGAGAACAGGAACUUUUAGGGGAUAUCCACGUGGGGCCAGGUAUAUACUGGAGGCUGCAGGUUUGAAAUAAGAGGCAGGAGAUUAUUAUAGAAUCAGACCAGGGUGACAAGUACCCAGGAAGAUGAGGGAAGGAAGGCGGGAAGAGGAAUGUCUAACGCUUGUCAAGCAUCAGGCUCAUCCAGUGAGGACUGGAAGGUGGGGGCUUUAGGCCCAGGCAUCGGAGUAGACCAUGGCCUCCAGCCCAUGGGGCUGUGUAUGUGGCCUUCUGCUGUUGUUGCUGCUGCCACUCCUGGGGACUGGCCCUGCCCUGGGGAGGAGCUUUCCCAGGCCACUUGAAAACUCCGAAAUCCCUAUGAUCCCUGGAGCCCACCCCAAGGGCUCUGUGGGCUCAGAGCCCCAGGCCUUUGACGUCUUCCCGGAGAACCCCAGAGCUGACAGUCACAGGAACUCUGAUGUCCGCCACGCCCCUGCUGAAGAGAUGCCUGAGAAGCCUGUAGCCUCUCCCCUUGGCCCAGCCCUGUACGGGCCCAAAGCAGCCCAGGGAGCUCAGAGAGAACGACUCCCAGUAACUGAUGACCUCCAGAUGGCUCAAGGACCAAGCUCCCACGGCUGGACAGGACCUCUGGACUCACAAGAGCUUCUGGAGCAAGAAGCAGUGGCUCCCCACCCAGUGGGCCACCCUCAUCUGACUUUCAUCCCCACAACUCCCAGACGUCAACUCAGGGUAGCCACAGUUCCUCCCUCCCUGCAGCAUGAAGGCCAAGAGGGACAGUGGCCACCUAGAGAUGAGGGUCUGAAGGCCAAAACUAAGAGCAGGGUCCCACCCACUUCUCCCUCAGACCACCAGGGCCCACCUCACACCCUUGUUCCCCACUCAGGUACUGUCAAGAGGCCAGUGCUGGAAGGACAGGGUGGGUUUGAGGAACAUUUCCAGGAGGCAGCUCAAGGCCCCCUCUUCACCCAGCAGGAUCCAGCAGCCCCUGAUGUUGGCUCAGUACCCCCAGUUGAGGUGGUGUACUCUCAGGAGCCAGGGGCCCAGCCAGACUUGGCAUUGGCCAGAAGCCUUCCUCCUGCUGAGGAGCUGCCGGUUGAGACCCCCAAGAGGGCUGGCGCUGAGGUGUCCUGGGAAGUCAGCUCCCCAGGUCCCCCGCCCAAGCAGGCUGACCUCCCUGACGCUAAGGAUUCACCAGGACCCCAGCCCACGGAUCCACCCGCCUCAGAGGCUCCUGAUGGGCCGUCUAAGCCAGAGAGAGCAGCAAUGAAUGGAGCAGACCCCAUCUCCCCCCAGCGGGUGAGAGGAGCUGUGGAGGCCCCAGGCACCCCCAAGUCUCUCAUCCCUGGUCCCUCAGACCCUGGCCCAGCUGCAAACCGAACAGAGAGCCCCAUGGGGGCCCUGCAGCCAGAUGAAGCCGAGGAGUGGCCGGGGCGCCCCCAAAGCCAUCCCCCAGCACCCCCAGUCCAGGCCCCCUCGACGUCACGCCGGGGCCUCAUUCGAGUCACCACGCAGCGAGCCCUGGGCCAGCCUCCCCCUCCGGAGCCCACCGCCAGCUCCAUGGCUUCAGCCCCAGCCUCCAGCCCCCCAGCCAACGCCACUGCACCCCCGCUACGCUGGGGCCCCCUUCGGCGGGUCCUGAGCUUCUCCUGGGAGCUGCACGUCUACGGGGUGGGGGUACUCUUUCUGCUGCCCGCGUUGUUGGCGCUGGCUGCGCUGGCAGCCGCCCCAGCAGGGCCCCGGCUGGCAUUGGUGGCCGCGGUGCUGGUGCUCGUGGCUUCGGGGCUGCGAUCCGCCUACAUGCUUACCGACCCUUACGGCUCGCAGGCGCGGCUGGGCGUUCGCGGGGGCCUGGUGCUCUACAACCUGCCCUUCCCCUUGCUGCUUACGGCGCUGGCGGCCCUGACUCUGCUCGGCCUGGGCGCGGGGCUGCCGCCACCGCUGCAAAACCCACUCCUGCUGGGAGCAGUGGCGCUGGUGCAUGGUGUAGGGUUGCUCGCGACAGACCUGCUGUCCACAUGGUCUGUGCUCAACCUCCUGACGCAGGGCUUGUCGUGCGCCUGGGGCGCGGCCGUGGCUCUGGGCACGCUCUGCCUGUGCCGUCGCCGCCUGCUGGACGGCCCACGGGGCUGGGAUGCCAGCCCGGGCCCUCGGCUGUUGGCUGUGGCGGGAGCGCUGGGGCUGCUGGCUAGCGGCUUGCAGCUGGCGGCUGCGCUCUGGCUGUACCCGGGCCCAGGCCGCGUGGGCCGCUUCUCGUGGGCCUGGUGGGGUGUCCACUUCUGGCUGCGCCUCCUGGAGCUGACAUGGGCGCUCGCCCUGGCGUUGGCCGCGGUGGCUGCCGCGAGACCCAGGCCGCCCACGGAGCACGCUUGCUGGGCUAAGCUGAUGCGUCUGGCGUGCCCGGCGCCUUCAGGCAAGAGCGAGGUGCCGGAGCGACCCAAUAACUGCUAUGCAGGGCCCAGCAACGUUGGUGCAGGCAGCUUGGACAUCAGCAAGAGCCUCAUCCGCAACCCGGCGGAGAGUGGGCAGCUGGCCACGCCCAGUUCAGGCGCCUGGGGCUCGGCUGCGUCGUUGGGUCGCGGACCCCAGGGUGGCCCGGGACUGUCCCGCAACGGUGUGGGACCGGCGCCAUCGCUGAGCGAGCUGGAUCUGCGGCCGCCAUCGCCCAUCAACCUGAGCCGCAGCAUCGACGCCGCGCUCUUCCGCGAGCACCUGGUGCGAGACAGUGUGUUCCAGCGCUGCGGCCUCCGCGGCCUGGCCUCCCCGCCGCCUGGAGGCGCUCUGCGGCCGCGCCGGGGCAGCCAUCCCAAAGCCGAGCUCGACGACGCUGGCUCCUCGCUCCUCCGCGGCCGCUGCAGGUCGCUCAGCGACGUGCGCGUGCGCGGGCCGGUCCCACAGCACGUAGUGGAAGCACGCGACGGGGCAGCCGCUGCGGCUUCUGGCAGCUCCCUCGACAGCUUCUCCAGGGGUUCACUCAAGAUCAGUUGGAACCCCUGGCGCCACGGUCUGUCAUCAGUGGACAGUCUGCCCCUAGAUGAGUUGCCCAGCACGGUACAGCUACUGCCUGCCCCGACCCCAGCCCCUGACUCUACCGCCGCUCGGCAGGGGGACGGCCAGGGAGAGGUCCAGCCGCGCGGCAAGCCUGGGGAAUCCCGCAGCGCCUCCAGUGAUACCAUCGAGCUUUGAAGAGCGGUCCUGACGCAGGGCCAGGACCCUGCCCGAUGCCCACAUGGCAUGGCCUACUGGGACAGUUGAGCCUUUAAAAAAUGGGCAUCCUGGCCGGGCGCGGUGGCUCACGCCAGGAAUCCCAGCACUUUGGGAGGCCGAGGUGGGUGGAUCACGAGGUCAGGAGUUCGAGAUCAGCCUCCUGGUCUGGAACAUAGCGAAACCCUCGUCUCUACUAAAAAUACAAAAAAAAAAUAGCCAGGUGGCACACGCCUGUAGUCCCAGCUACUCGGGAGGCUGAGGCGGGGGAAUUGCUUGAACAGGGAGGCAGAGGUUGCAGUGAGCCGAGACCACGCCAUUGCACUCCAGCCUGGGUGACAAGAGUGAGACUCCGUCUCAAAAAAAAAAAAAAAAAAAAAAAAAAGCAUCCCCAGGCCUCUCUACCUGACGGCAACCCCCGGGGGACAGCCAGGUUUGAACUCACCCCACCCCCAUGCCGUUUUUUGCUUUUAAUAUUUCUAUUUUUUUUCAGCUGGCAUUUUGCACAGAGGCCGUGUCUUAUGCGGAAUACAGGGUGGGUGUGCAUGGAUUCGGGCAUGAAGAACAGGGAGCAGGUGCUCCAGACUCCCCAACGUGGAGUGAUGAGCCUCGCUUGUCUAGAUUGUCCUCUUUGUGCCAAAGAAAUAAACCCUUAGGACUUGG